UCGGCGGGUGGCGUCCGUUACAAACCAGCUCCCUCAGUGGCCGCGACCGUGAGGUAAAAAACCGUUAGGCCAUGGCGUCGCCUGAGGCCCAAGUCGGGGCUUCCCGGUCUCUCCCUCCCCGCGCGCCCGGCUCCCACGUUUUCGUCACGGUGGAGAUGCACGCGGGCGGGGAGCCGCUACGCGUGGUUCCUCCGGGCGGCCUGGGGCCCUUGGAGCCCCCCCGGGACCUUCCCCUGCUGGCCCGCCGCCGCCUCCUCCUGGAGCUCCCGGAGCUGGACGCGGCCCGGCGGCUGCUAAUGCACGAGCCCCGCGGGCACCGCGACAUGUACGGGGCGGCGCUGGUGCCCAGCGAGCUGCCGGGCGCCGCCUUCGGGGCUCUCUUCGUGCACAACGAGGGCGGCAGCGCCAUGUGCGGCCACGCCGUCCUGUGUCUCGCCCGCUUCGCCCUCGACUACGGCCUCUGCCCGACGCCUCCGGGACCCGAUGAGGCCGCCGCCGUCGUCAUCCACUGCCCCUGCGGGCCUGUCACCGCCUUCGCCAGCUGGGAUGGCCAGCGCAGCGGCAGCCGAGUCCGCUUCCACAGCGUCGCCGCCUUCGCCGCCGCCACCGAUUUAACAGUUGAUGUUCCUGGCUAUGGAAAAGUAGUUGUGGAUGUUGGAUAUGGCGGCACUUUCUAUGCAUUUGUCAGUGCUGAUCGGUUGGGACUUGAUCUUUCUUCUUCAAGGAUUAGGGAUCUAGUAGAUGCAGCAUCUGCAGUAACUGAAGCAGUAAAGGCUCAGUUCAAAGUUCACCAUCCUGAGAUUGAAGACACGGCUUUCAUUUAUGGGACUAUCCUGACAGAUGGAAAAGAUGCAUUUAGUGAUGAACCAACAAGCAACAUAUGUGUGUUUGCAGAUGCACAGGUUGACCGAAGUCCUACCGGGUCGGGUGUGACAGCUCGCAUUGCUCUACAAUACCAUAAAGGACUCAUUCAGCUGAACCAGACCAGGACCUUCAGAAGCAUAACAACUGGUUCCCUGUUCACUGGAAAAGCAAUAAAGGAAACCAAAUGUGGUGACCACAAUGCUGUUAUUGUAGAAGUCUCUGGAGAAUCUUUUUAUACUGGAAUGUCAACCUUCACUUUUGAGGAGGAAGACCCACUGAAAUACGGUUUCUUUCUUAAGUGACUGUGCUACUAUACUGCUUCCAAUAACCCUGUUUACUUUGAUAUGUGUAUUUUGCUUUCUUUUAAUUGUUGGCAUUACCCUCUAUCUUACUGGUGAUUAAGGCUCUCAUUCAAUUUCACCAAAGUGGUUCUUUUUAAAAAAAAAAAAUAUAUUAAGGGUUUUCUGAAGCUCCUUGUCCAUACAUAAAAUGUAAUAGAAGUUAGUGUAGCAGUAUGACUUGAGACUGAACUGUGAAGUAGCAGGUUCAUUUGAUUGCCUUAGGUAGGCCUUACUAAGUCUACGCCCUCCCCAUCUUCAGUAGCGAGAUGAUAAUACGGAUAUGCAUUACAAAGUUGUUGUAAAGAUUACCAAGAUACAUAUAUAAAUGCUUGUUCCCGUUUCUAGCAGUAGGCCGGUCAAGAUUGAUAAGCAGGUAAGGGAUGGAGGUUUCUUGCCCUUUCUCCAACCCCACAGGCUCACUCACCUGGUCUGGUCUGAUAAAGAAUUGAAUGCAGUACCCUAAUGAACAAGACUGCGAAAUAACCCCUGCAGGGGCCAUUUUUAUAUUCAAAGUGCUACAGAAUUUGUAUGUUACAUUUCUUGGACCUUUUUGAUGGCAGUUAUGUCUCUUCAUGCUGCUUUCAUUGCUGGACUUCUUUAACCUUUACUGUAAUGCUGCAGUGCAUGUGUGAACGCAAUACUUUAACACUUCCCUUCUUUGUGUGAAGUUGCUGGGAUAUCAACAGGCACCUGAUUAAAGAACAUAUAAGUAAUUCCCUGUAACAGACUAGCAAUAAAUCAGGCUCUGGAAUCGUGAUUCUCAAAAGAGGAAGGUAUGACUUCCGCACCACAAGCUUCAUUUAAAGUAUGCUUUAGUUUAACAUUUAAAUUUAUCUGUAUUUUAGUUAAUACUUUAUAUUGUCUUAUGUAAAACCACUUAGAGCUUUUUGAUUUUAAGUGGAAUACUAAGCAUGCUGCAACCCCACCUUGUCAAAUAAAAUUAAAGAAUUAUGUCAUGGUACUAUGCUUUCUAUCUAUAAUAAAGAUUUAAACAUCCCCUCCUUAAGAGUUGUCAAGGGCAAAUGAUUUUUUUGCAGGUUUCUCUGAAUACCCCAAAAACCUGUUUAAGAAGGAACAGCUGACACAUAUACCUCUAUCGUUGCACUGUUUGGUACCUCAUAUCAGGAUAGCAUCUUCCCAAGUGUGGGUUGCAUGAAUUAUUCAGAACACUUUGAAGUCUUCGGCUUGAGAAAAGCCUUUGUACCCAAAGUAUUGGAAUAGUUUCAUUGACCUCAGAGCCCUGUUUAAUUAAUAGCAAACUUGCUCAGCCACAUGUCCUUAUGACCAUCAUUGCAUUUCUGAGCUGUGUGCCAUGGCAAGUAAAAGUCUAGCUGUUGUCUGCAUGGAAAAAUAGGGGGCCCUGGCAAAGUGCGCACAGAGACUGGCAGUUCCAGUUUGUGCAAAGGUAAGAAAAAAGCUGCACUGCUUUAACUUGCCUCUUCACAAAAUCCUGCAUUUGGUCACCCAGGGCUGAGUGGAGACUGUGCUGCAGCAGUGGUGAACCCCAGGCCUGGACCCUUUGUGCACCCUUUGUGGGCCCUGCUCUGCACUCUCCUCAAAUGCUUUUUGGGUUGCUGUAGACUGUGAACUAUGACAUGCCUCUUGCUUUACUGGACAAAGAAAUGAGUGUGUGUGCAUGAAGACCUCAAUGUCUGUGGCUGGACUUGGCCUAGCCUACUGAACAAAAGCUAUUUGUUAGAGUCUGAACAAACGUUUGGAAUCACAUCCCUUGGUCUGCCCCCAUCCCUCCCUGGCAUGGUUAUUGAAGGGAAUGGAAAAGCUGCUUCUGCUGACUUGGAUGAACCAAUGGCCUUGCUCCAUCUAGUUCUUGCAUGUACCUGUCUCCAAGGUCUGCAAGAACGAAUGCUUUUCCUGGCAGAGGGAACCUGAU